AGCAGCCAGCCGUGCUGAGAGUGGACCUCUCACAUCCUUAGCCAGCUCAGACACCGCAUCUGUGCUCCGUGCCAAGGGACUGUGCAGAGGCACUCGACACCCGCAAGGUGCUGUGAUCCCGUCCCCGACUGGAGAGAUGAAGCUGCCCCUGCUGCUGCCUCUGCUUCUGGGAGCCAUCUCUGCCCGCCACCUGGGGUACAAUGCCCCCCCUUCAGAGAGUCUGGACAUCCAAGCCAGCAUCAUCCAGAACUCAGACUGCUCCGGGGAGCACAAGGGAGAGCUGGCACUGCAUGGGGAGGAGAUUCCAUCAGGAGAAGAGGAAGCGGAGGAUUCUGGCUGUCAUGAGACUUUGGAGGAUAAGGACGACCUGGAUUCAGACCCUGCUACCUCAGGGGACUUUGAGGGCCCCAAGGGAGAGGACACAGUUCAAUUGCAGGGCACUUCUGGGCACAAGACAUUUCACAUUGUGUUGGUGAAUACACCCGAGACAUUUGCUGAAGCUACGGACAAGUGCAAGCGGUGGUACAAGGGCAACCUUGUUUCCAUCCACGAUCUCAGUACCAAUUACCACCUCAGGUAUUUGGCCAGUGGGGAUAAACAAAGCCAUAUCUGGAUAGGAGCGACAGUCACUAAGUCGUACCAGUGGACACAAUAUGCAUGGACCGAUGGGAGCAUUUGGAAUUUUUCACUCUGGGCCCCAGGACAGCCAGCAAAUGGAGAAGGAAACUGUGUUUCCAUGUGCACUCAAGGGGGACUUUGGAUGCGAGCAAAUUGCACAAUAAAGCUGCCCUUCAUCUGCUCUGCCUAAGCCAGAGGUUCCGGUUCCUGUUACAGCAGUUCCAGUUCCAGCAGUUCCGGUUCGUUCCCACCUUCCUGCCCUGGAGCCUCCACGCUCUCACUGUCCCUGGUCACUUGGCUCCAUCGCUCAGCUUCU